GCCCUCUACUCUUAUUAAAAAAAGAAAAAAGGUGGCAUAAUACUUGCGAUAAUUUCAACAUGGAGCUCGGAGUCUGAUACCGCAUCAUUUAUUUAUUCUUCGGAAUUCUCGGUAAGUCCCGUACCUAAAUAUAUAUAUCUAUCUACCUACCUACCUAGGUAUAUACACAUUCCAUCUUCUUCCAAACUGCACGAGGUCGCCAGAGUCUCGGUCUCAAACGGAACCUAAGAAUGUCGACUAUUCUAACCUCCCCGCCUUGCCACUAGUCAUCUUUAUCCACUUCCCUUCUCUUGUGUCUACCUAUGUUAGGUACUCAUCGCCUCGGCUCUAAUCUAACUAGACUUCUACUUUUCUAGGAUGUCGAUGCGACCCCACACACGUUUACUUGUGACAGUCGACCGCGGCGUUUGAGGUCCUACCAUCUACUACCGUUCUGAACCCGCCUAAGCUCUAGGCCCUUCGUUAUUCUCCCUACGACUACCUCCUCCCUCCACAUACUACUGAACUCUUCUCUGCCCUCAUAUGUUGUCGCGUUUUAUCGCCAUGAACUCCGCGGAGCUAUGGCGACGCCCACCAUUACCCGGCGAUGCCUCGAACCCGAAAUCAGCGGCCGGCGUUUCCGGACCGACGCUAGAUUCGAACACCGCUCACCCUGCAGGCAAGGCUAAGUACGGUCGCUUUAGGGCGUUCCUGCGUGCUGUCUCUGUCUUUGUCUAUUUCGCAAGUGGCUGCUUGUCCAUACACCUUACUCAGAUCAUCGGUUCCCCAUUAUACUACGCCAACCGCGACCUCUACUAUGCGUAUAUGUCCUUGACCAAGGCAUCUUUCGGCCUAUUGAUAACUACCAUGACCCAGUGGUGGGCGCCUACGGUGAUAAGAAUGAGCGGCGAUUCUUCUGUUGCAGGGCAGCUUAGCUUGGCGCCUGAUGGCAGGGUCCAAUGCGCUUUUCCGGAGCGCAUGGUUAUGAUCGCGAACCACCAGAUUUAUACCGACUGGCUAUAUCUGUGGUGGGUUGGAUAUACGAACAACCCUCACAUGCACGGACAUAUCUACAUCAUCCUAAAAGAGUCUUUGAAGCGAAUUCCCAUCCUUGGACCGGGCUGCAUGUUUCUCGGCUUCAUUUUUAUGUCACGCAAGAUGGCCGUCGAUCAACCCCGUCUAGCCCACAGGCUUAGGAAGCUAAAAACGAAGCAUACGGACCCUGACGGCGAAAGCUAUUUGAACCCAAUGUGGUUACUUCUUUUCCCCGAAGGGACUAAUUUAUCUUCAAACGGCCGAAUCAAGUCAGCUCAAUGGGCCGCCAAGACGGGACUGAAAGAUACGGAGCAUUUGAUGUUACCUCGAAGUACCGGCAUGUUCUUCUGCCUUAACGAACUUAAGGGGACCGUGGACUACGUGUAUGAUUGCACCGUAGCCUACGAAGGCGUUCCCCGAGGGAAAUACGGAGAAGACUAUUUCACCCUAUCGAGUACCUACUUUCAGGGGCGGCCUCCUAAAUCGGUCAAUUUCUAUUGGAGGCGGUUUGCCCUAGCAGAUAUGCCUUUGGAUAACCAGGAUGAUUUCGAUAAGUGGCUUCGUGAACGAUGGUAUGAAAAGGAUGCUCUGCUGGAGCAGUACGUUUCUACAGGCCGAUUUCCGGCAAACGAGGCCGGCAUUAAGGGUCAUAUCGAGACGGAAGUUCGAACUCAGUAUUGGUGGGAAUUCGGCAAAAUUUUCGUCAUGCUUGGUUCGUUUGGGUUGAUAUUUAGUUUCUUUCUGAGAACUCUGCGUACCCUCGCACGUGGUUAGUCGAUUGAUAGCGGGUCAUUGCUUGCUAAUAGAUAAUCUGUGCGGGUGUUGCAUGAACGAUGGUAAGAGACGAAGAGAAUUAUCGUUAGAUACCAGCGACGACAUAUAUCAAUGAUACCAUGAAGAAUAUGUAACAUAGGGGAUGGGAGUUUCGGACUGGGUGGGCGAAUGCAUAGCUCUAAAUUUUUGAUAGCCUGAUAUUCUAAACUGUGUUGAUCAAUGGUUUGGGGUAUGAUAUUUUGUAGGAAAUAGGUGGUAAAUAUUAUAUAUCCUCUCCGUUAG